UAGGGCGUUUAGAUUGUUUACUCUUUUUUUUUACCAUUUGAAUGGUGAACUAUUUAAUUUCCGUUUACCCCCUAAACGAAACAACAUCCCACCGUUUAGUGUUUAUCUGGCCGUUUAGCCUGUUUUGGCGAACACUGCGUCCGAUGUUGGGCCAAUGAAGCCCUCAAAUUUUGCUUCCCUUCUCAUGAAUGAGCUCUUUAUCCAUGUUUCAGCUCAGGAGUACGCUGGAGGAUGAGCCACGUCAUGAAUUUAGCUGAGCCCUCUAUCCAUUGGAAAUAAAGAGUUUUUUUUUAAUGAAUGAACAAUAUUUCUCUAACAAAUCAGUAUAUGCAGGAGUCAAAUUUUAGCAAAGCGAACAGGGUGCGCCCACGGUGGAGCCACCUAGCACAUAUCUGUGCUGGCGAGAGAUGGUACAUGCUCAGUACCCCGGACCCCCGGUACGCAAGCACCACACGGACUAUGCGAGCGUGCCCAGAGCUGCUGCUACUGCAGGGCCAGCCGAUGGACUCAUGGAAGCAGUAUUUUUAUCCACGAAUCUACGGUCCUGAUACCGAGAACUCUACUGCCGGGAAUACGAUACUGGCACUACUGGUGGUGGGUUUCGGGUUCUGGAUGAGCACCCACAACGACGAGUGCAGGCGGUCCUUGACCGUCCCUGUCAUUGCUCUCGGUGGAGUGAUCUUUCUCAUAUCGCUCGUCGGAUUCCUUGGUGCUUGGAAGAACGUUUCCUGCUUGCUCUGGACAUACCUAAUCAUGCUAUUCGUGGUCUUGGUGGCAAUCAUGGUGUUCACGGUGCUUGCGUUUAUCAUAACAAACUCUGGAAGUGGUCAUACUGUUCCUGGGGCAAGGUAUAAAGAGUAUCGUCUUCAGGAUUACAGCUCCUGGUUUGUCAAACAGCUCGAUGACACAGAGAAAUGGGCUCGCCUGAAAAGCUGCCUAGUGAAGACAGAUGACUGCAAUAACUUGUCGAAAAGAUACAAGACUGCAAAAGAAUACAAGCUUGCAGACCUUACUCCCAUGGAGUCGGGUUGCUGCCGCCCGCCAGCAGAGUGUGGGUACCCAGCUCUGAAUGCAUCCUAUUUCGAUCUGAGCUUUCAUCCGGUGAGCACCAACGUCGACUGCAAACUGUACAAGAACACCCGAUCUGUCAGAUGCUACGACUGCAAUUCUUGCAAAGCUGGGGUCGCGCAGUACAUGAAGACAGAGUGGCGAGUGGUGGCUAUCUUCAACGUGAUAUUGUUCGUCAUCCUGUCGUUCGUGUACUUCGUUGGCUGCUGUGCGCGGCGAAACACUGGAGGAAGCGAUGCGAAAGGUCGUGGCAGGUGACAGAAACACUUCGAGGUGAAGCGCUUGGCCAUCCGAUGUGAAGUUAGCUUAGCAUCCCCUGUAAAAUUGUUCCAUCAAACUCCUAUAUUCCUUUGAUGAAGUACCUGGACCUAUCGCUGCCUAGUAAUAGUGUGUUGCAAAUGAGCUGUGAACACGUUUCUUGUUGGUAAAAAAGAAUGUCAUUCCGCUUC